AUGGGUAACUCGUUAAGCACAGAAGCCAAAUUCAUAACUGAUAUUCAGUCUGAGUUAAAAGCCAGACGCGUAGAAGUCUCCAAACAAAAUCUCUAUAAAUUUUUUGCCCUCGUUCAUGAGGUCUGCCCUUGGUUCGUCCUCACGGCACCCCGUAUUGCCCAGUCCACUUGGAAAACUGUUGGCCAAGAAUUAACCUCCUUUUGUAAUCAAAAGGAUGACCUCCCCCAUAAAAACCUUAUUCUGCAAUAUUGGCAACUUCUUCAGGGAAUUAUUGUUGACGCUCCUUUCUCCCCCGCCUGCUCUCUUGCUGUCCAAGAAGCUCAGAAAGCAUUGGAUUCUGCGUCCCGCGCCUCAACCCCUUCUCUUUCCCCUACCAGCUCUCAUUCUGAUCUUACCAAGCCUCCCCUGCCUUCUCCUUGUACUGUUAACCCCUCUCUCUCUCCUACACCCACUGCGCCCCCUCUGGACACCGUCACUGACCCCCCCCGCGUUCCAUCCCCUGCACCCAUCCAACAGCCCCCAGCAGCUUCACCCCCUUCGCCCCCCACCCCUACCCUUCACCCUUUGCCUUCUCCCUCCCAUUCUGAGCUUCCCUCUGAACUGUCUCCCUCUGCUUUCCAAGCCACCGUCAUCAAACUCUCUGAAGUCCUUGAUAAAGUUCUCCAACGCCUGUCCCCGCCUGACCCUCAUCUCCUCUUCCCUGCCAUUGUUAAACAGCGUCCCGUAGCUCUUUCGGACUCUCUUCCUGCCUCUGACCCUGCUCCCCCACUGCUUUCUCCUGCUAAUCCCGGAGCCACUGAACCUCCCCCCCCCUUGCCUCCUGCUGAUCCCGGAGCCCGACCCCGCCGCCCUCACACGAGAUCCCAAAAUCCCCGCGACCCCUCACCUUCUUCCUUGGGCGCUGCCGCGCCUCCGCCUGCGACUCUCUCUCCCCCACCUGCUAAUCCUGACUCCCCACCCUCCAUUCCUGAGGCACCUCUCGCCGCGCCGCCUGCCCAGCCUGCCCCACCUUUGGUCUAUCAGCAAUAUAUUGAAUAUCAGGCCAUGAAUCGCAAAGACCUCCAGGAGCUCAUGAAAUCCGUCCGUGACUACGGAGUCCAAGCCCCUUACACCAUUACGUGUUUGGAGACGAUGUCCUACGGUGGUGCUAUGUACCCUCUUGAAUGGCGCCUAGCUGCCCGUAGCGCUCUUAAGCCCGAACUUUUUGUUUUGUGGGAGGCGGAAUUCACCAAUAACUGUAAAGACCUUGCUAAGGAUGAUAAGCGUUAUUUUCAACAACUCUCCGGUUCUGAGCCUUUUCAUUCUAUCGAAUUACAACAACUCAUUCCCCUCCCCAUCCUCACUAACACCUCUCAGGCCGCCAUGAAAGCGUGGCGUGCUCUCCCUCGCUCCUCUGCCCCCUCCGAACCCCUCUCUCGCAUCCAGCAGGGUGCUGAUGAGCCCUAUCACGUAUUCAUCUCCCGCCUCCUUGAGGCCAUUGAACGCACUGCGGGUAUCCCUCCCUCUGAUUCCUCCCACCCUCUUAUCAAACAAUUGGCCUAUGAAAAUGCUAAUUCCUCAUGCCGCGCUUUACUUAAAUCCCACUGGCAGAGUAAAUCCCUCCAAGAUAUGAUUUCUUUGUGCAAAGAUGCACAUUGCUUUGCACAUCAAGUCGCCGGCGCCCUCGUGGCCUUCCAAGGUCAGACUAAAGGUAAAACCUGUUUUCAAUGCGGCCAGCCAGGACACUUUUCUGCUCAAUGUCCCCAGCGCCGCGCCCCCACUAUGCAAACUGGUUCCUCCACGGCACGCCCCUCUCUCUGCCCGCGUUGUCGCAGGGGCAGACACUGGCUCUCUCAAUGCCGCUCUGUCGCAGAUGUGGAAGGCAACGCCCUUGCCCCCAACCCUAGUACCCGUGCUUCUCAGACCUCCUCUCAGAACAGUUUUCAGGGAAAUGGCCGCAGGGGCUUCCCCCAAGCCCCGCGCGCCCAGCCUCGUCACAUCAAUUUUGUUCCUGCAACGGGGGACCACUUAUCAGGAACACCCUCAGUUCCCUCUCAGGUGCUUUAUCAGCACCAAUCUCCCGCCCCGCAGCCUCCUCCCUUAUCAGGGCCACCCCAGGCUCCGCAGGGCUCGAUCUCUGUUCCUCCUCCCCUCACUUAUUAA